AGCUAAUUCAGCGGGGGGGGGGGGGCGUGUGUCCUCCCCGCCUGGUCCCCUCCUCACCCAGUGGGGCUGGGGCGCGACUCGGCACCGCACGCCCGGGCCGGGAGCCGCCGCCAGACAAAGCCGGGUUUGGACGGGGGCUGCAGCAGGUGGCGAGAGGCGUUUCCCCGCGGAUCGCAGCAGUCCUAGCUCGGAGGCAGAGGAGGAUUUGGCUGUUCUCCAUCACCUUGGAGGGGGCAGACGGCCUGCCCAGCACCUGGGUGGCACAAGAUGGAUGGCAAAGCUACUGCCAAUGGGCCCCCCCCGCCCCAGACCAAUGGCAUGGCAACUGCUGGGAAAGGGGCGGCAGCAGCUGGCCAGCCUGCAGCAAAACCCAAGCCUGCCAAGAACGCUGUGAGAUCAGCCCCCGUCUCUGGAGCUAGGCGGCCUGCGACCACCCACGCCCAUCCCCCUGUGGCCCCGGGUGGCGGCUCCAAGCCGCUCAGCAAUGGGGUGCCCCCGAGGGCCGAAGCCUCGCAGAGGAAGCCACCGGCAGCAGCAUCAGCACCCAAAGCUGGUGCUGCCGUUGCCAAGCUCACUCCGGCCAAAGCGGUGGCCAGGAAGCCGGCGGGCGAGAGUGGGGCAAAGCCUUCAGAGAAGGCUGGGCCGGGCAAGGCCGGGCAGCUGAAGGCCGUGAGGAAGACGCCGGUCCCAACUGUGGCCUUGGUCCCAAAGUCGGCCUCAGUGAAGCCUGAGAAACCGGAAUCUGCUAACCCUUCCAGACCCCCUGCUCCAGGGACGGAGUACACCAGAGCCCUGGCCAGUAACAAACCAGCCAUGGCCAAACCUAAGCAGAUGGCGCCACCUGGUGGCCAGGCCUCAGCAGUACCACAGCAGCAGAAGAACACGGCCGCCUCCGCAAAGAAAGACCUCGUCAGAGCUGCCCCCAUCUCCAGGGCCCGGCUAGCUGGCUCAAACCCUGCCCUCGACAAGAUUGCUGGCCAGGUCAAAACUGCCAAAGCCAAGCUCCCGGUGGAGCCCAAGGCCAAGAGCCACCCAGUCCCUGCCGCUCCCAAGGGCCUGGAGAAGCCAGGGCCUCCGGGGCCGAAGACCUCUCCCAAGGCAGGGGGCAGCCGUCCUGCCACCCCACAGAGAGCGGUGGCCUCCACCCCGAAGAGGCUGAUUGCUGGGAGCCCUGGCAAGAAGCCCCCUAAGAAAGAGGCUAGCUACAACCUGGAGCCAGUGCCCGUGCCCAGGAAAAAGCUGCUUUCCUCAGGGCAGGGAGAGGCCAAGGAAGCUGCUGCCAAUGUCCUUGUGGCCUCUCCUGAUGCCCUGCCUGGCACGGAAAGGGCAGCCCCUGAGGGCGGCGUGAGGCCUCUGGAUGAGCAAGGAUUAACGCCAGAGGUGGGCCCGCUCCUGCCCAAGCCGGUCCCUGCAGACAAGGAUGCUCUGCUCCCAGCAACUCCAGCCUAUAGCUCACGGGAGCAAACACCCGUCAGGGACCUGGAAGGGGUGGUUGGAGGUGGAGCACCCCAGGAAGGAGGAGGCUCAUCUGGCCCAGAGCUGGUGGCAGCUGAGCCUCUGUCCCACCAAGAGAGCUGUCCUGGAGACCAGCAGCUGACUGGUCUCUCCCCACCACAAGGGGUUGGCUCUCCUCCCAGGGAGAUGCUGCCCACAGCAGGCACCUGGGGGCCAAAGCCAGUGGGCACAGAGCUCCCUGAUGAGAUGCUCACACCCCAGGCAGAGCAGAGCCUGGUGGACACCCCAGCUAUGCUUCUAGACCCCUGUGAGACUGGCCUAGCAGCCGAGGGGGAACCAUUGCCCUGCCAGGAAGCCCUGAUGCCUGCUGAGCACCUGGACUUGUGGUCGGAAGGCAAAGGAAGAGCGGUUCAGGACAUGACCUGCCUGGCCCCAGCCCAGCUGGAUUCCUCCUGCCCAGCCGGGGCCUCCCAGAUGCUGCCCCUCAGUGAAGAGAUCCCUCGGGGUGGCACAGGGAGAUGGCAAUCUCCAUCCAUGUCACCGAAGCACCCGGCAGAGCCUCUGCGAGGGGGGGAGCGGGAGGAAGAGACGCCGGCACAGCCAGAGGCAGAGUGGUCAAUGCACAAGAUGGACUCAUUGCCUCGGGUUGGCCUGGAGGGGGUCUCCCCGGAAGAUGUGGCAGAGCCAGGAGCCGUGGAGCUGAGAGAGGAGCAGAACGAGGGGAGUCUCUCUCUGACCCUGCCAGGGCAUGGACAGGAGACCCAGGAUGCUCUUCCCCUGGAGAGAGGAACACAGGGCACUCGCAGGGGCUCUGGAAAGAUGGAGGAUCUGGAUGCUGAAGGAAUGACUAGUACAGAGGCAGUGGCUGCUUCCCAGGGGAUAGAGGGGCUCAGCGGAGAGCCUGUCCGUGCAGGGCAUGAGCCAGGGGAGGCGGCGGCUGCUCCCCCCACAGAACAGCUCCCUGAGGACAGCAAGGGCCCUGAAGACCAACCCAGCCUUGCUUCUCCUCCUGGCAUGUCCCUCUCUGGUGCUGGGGGGUCUCUCCCUGCUGAGCUGGCCGGAGGCACCUUGAGAAGUCCUGAGGAAGCCGAGCUGGGAUACGACCACCUAGGUUCUCCUGGAGACGUUGCCAAGGUGGGGUCUGCAGAAGGGGAGCCCUUACUGAAGGGUGGGGCUGAUGUGCUGGAGGACCCAGAGCCACAUGCCCAACGGGGGUCACCGCUGUGCCCCGAGGUGACCCUGCACAAGCCUCAGAGCCUGCCCCUGAAGAGCCUGGAGCUGCCCCAGGAGCCAGCCCAACGCCCCCCGCACCCGGGGCAGCUGUGGUCCAGUAGCGCCGAGUCGGAGGGGCCGCCCAAGAGCCGCUCCUCCAAGUCCAGCACGCUGAGUGGCCCCGACCUGGCCGGCAAGAGCAGCAGUGAGACGAGCACCCCGGAGGAGCUGCGGGAGUACGACAGCAGCUCUGGUGUGGAGUCGAAGUCGGACGAGAAGCCAGAACAGACCUUCCCUCGCAGCCCCCUGGAGGACCUGCCGGGGGAGCAGGACCUGGGGAUCCACAUGGACAAGGGGGACGAUGAGGCAGAGACCCUCCCAGCAGACGAGCUCCUAGGUGACCUGCCCACAGUGUCCUCUGAGGAGGAGGGCGAGCUGGACAGAGACCUCCUGAAGGAGCCUGAUUUCCCUGCCAUGGGCAAGCCCCUGGUGUGCCGGGUGGCCUCCCCGCGCCGCAAGCCGUCCCUGGAGGAGUCGGAGCUGGGCUCGGGUGAUGCUGGCACGGGGACGCCGGCCUCCACCAACUCGGCCACCUCCUUCGAUGCUGCCUUCCACCUUCCCUCCACUGACAGCUGCGGGAAGAGCCCCGGCCUCUCCUCCCUGGAGAGCGAAGAGCACUCGACCGAGAACACCAGAGAGCAGAUCCCCAAGGGCGCCGAGCCGGCCAGCCUCCCCGAGACAGAAGAGCACAGCAAAAUCUCCCUCCCCAGAGACUGGGGCUGCCAGCUGGAACGCCCCCUGCAGAUGGGCCUGGCGGACGAGGAGGAACCGGCCUCCCAGCCCUAUGGCACUGCUCCCCGUGGCCCGGCGGCAGGUGAGAGUGGGGCUGGCCUGGGGCCCUUCUCCUGGGGGCCCUGCCCCCCUGAAAUCCUCUCCACCAUCUACGAGGUGGAAGGAGGCGCAGAGACCCCUGGGCAGGUGCCGGAAGAGGAGGAUGGGAGCUGCCAGCUCCUGCCCGCUGACCCCCGUGACAAGGCCCCCCUGCACCUGGGAAGUCUCCAAGCAACUGUCAUGCAGCAGCUGAUCAGCCGGACUCUGCUCUUCUCCACCACUGGGGAGAUGCCAGUGGGGGGCAGAGGGGCCCCUGUCAUGAGUGAGGUGGAGCUCGGCAAGUGGACAGACCUGCUGUCACCAUUGGAUGAGUCUCGGGCCAGCAUCACCUCAGUCACCAGCUUCUCCCCCGAGGACGUCUCGUCUCCCCAGGGCGACUGGACAGUGGUGGAGGUGGAGACCUUCCACUGACUUCCUCCACCCACGCUGGCUUCACCCCCUCUUCCCCACACCUCCUCUAGUUGAAGACUCUGCCUGUUGUGGCUUAAAUCCCUGCUGUGACCUGCUCUUCUCCUUCCCUUGGCUUUUCUGGGGGAUCAUGCAUGGUGGGUUGGCCAGUGCCUCUGAUCCAGCCACGCAGAACUUUCCUUCUACCUCUUGGCCCACAGUGGAGCAAGUGGCUUCCCAAGUAACCAGGUGGAGGCGGCCACUGGAAGAACUUGCACUGGGAUGAGACGUAGCUGCUUCCCCCAAGUCCUUGACUUUGGUUUCAAAUGUCUGAAUUCUGAUCUUGUCCCCUCUUCCCCAGCUCCAUGGAGCUCCCAGAGCCUGCAGGUGAAGGGUUAACAGCAGGAUGGGCAAAACUCUUUUUUGCAAGCCCCUUCCUAAGGUGGGGUGAGCCCAUAAGAGCCCCUGCCUGCCACAUACCUCCUGAGUCUGGUCCCUUAAGAGACCCUUUUAGUUCGUUAGCCCUGGUGGCCUCCAUAAGGAAUCUAAAAUCUACAGGUUCUUUGGAAGAGGGGUUGGCAGUUCCCAGCCAGUUCUCAAACAGCCAAGCCCAUCUCUUCACCUCCUUCCCACCCGCUGCUAGAAGAGGCCUCAUUCCUUCAGAACAGUGCCAACCGCCCAUGGUGUAGCUGGAAGAAUCGAAGCCAUGGCGGCCGUGGAGCUUUCCUUGCCCAGGGGCUCUUCCCCCUCGAAGACAUCGAAGAGUUGGGGUGGGUCAGUUGGGUCCAUGAUCUGUCUAGCCUGUGGCAGGAUGGGGGGAGGAAGAAUGGCAUGGCCUUAAAGCUGGACCUAACUCUUCAAUGAAUGUUCUCUAAUUCUCUUCCCCCCCACCACCAUGCUCUUGGAGCUGGGCUCAUGGACCGGGGCUGGGGGCCUGUGCUGCAUGCAUGGGGGUAGUUUGACAUGAUUUGCUUGCUGCAUUGGAAGAGAGCAGAGGCGUUGGCUGACGUUCCUGCUGUUGCAUUGUGGGGGUGUGUUGUUGUGUUUGCUUUUUGCUGCUGUGGAUGUAGCCUUUAUGCACAGAUCUGCUCUCUCUGUUGACUGCCGCUGCCCAGCCAAAACUCCAGUAGCUGAAAGAGCCCUGGUGGUGGAUGGGUGGGGGGUGGAUUGAAGGCUUGGAUCCUCAGGUCGGGCCUGGGUGCAGGGGGUUGGGGAGGGUCAUGGGCAGAGUGGGGUGGAGAGGCUUGGAGGGGGGCUGGGAAUUCCUCUCCUGCAGGGGCCAAGCCUCUGGCAAGGGGGUGUGUUUUGAGGCAGCCCUGCACUCUAGCAGUCCCUAGCUGCUCGCCCCUUGUGUCUAUGGGCAGGCUGGCUUACAAGAAGCCUCUGCCUAGGUCCAGCCUCCUGACUACUGGUGGCAGAGAGGAAGGCCCCAUGGUGCCAUCUCCACCAUAACAGCUCAGCCCUGCUUCCCUCUACUGUGCUGCUCGGCUCCAGGGGAGGCGCUGGGCUGGAUGCUGUGGCGGGGGACCUCUCUGGUGCUCUUCAGCACAGCAAGGGUCUCUUCUCCAUGCCCACCGAGGUCCUCAGGUAAGCCAUGGAUGGCACCAAACUCUGCUCAUCUUCCAUAAAGUUCCACGGGGAAGCUCCUCGCUGGAGGAACCCCAAGGCUGCUGGCUGACUUCACCCCAUGGAGAGGUGGCAGCAGGCUUCUUGCCAUGGCCUAGCCACGGCUCACUACUGAAGUUUAGAGGAGCCAGAUGUCAAGCCAGCCAUGCAACUCUAUGCAGCCUCCUGCCCCUCAGACUUGGCCAUCUUCAAGGGAUAGGCCUGCGUUCUCCAACACUUGGAUCUCAAAGGGGAAAGCACGGGCCGAAGAAGAGCCCAGCUCUUCAGCCAUUCCCAGUCAAUGGGCGUCCGUGCGGUUAGGCUGCGUCUUGCGGAGAGGGACGUGGUUCUUCAGCCUACCGCCCCUAGAGCCACAGCCUGCUAAUGUGUGUAACGGUGUUGUCGUGAACUGUAGGGAACCUAGCUGUAGUGGAGCAAGUGGCCUUUUUGAUGAAGUGUGUGUCCUGCUGGUUUCAUUUUAACAUGACAAACUGUGAACAGGAAACUCAUUUAAACAACAGCUGUGGCUUUUUUUUUAAGAGACUCUUUAGGUUUUUAAUAAAGAUGAAUUAAAUGCUC